CUCAACAACAGCAAUUUAUUGACCUCUUCACGAGGAUGGACUUCCGGUUCCGUUGGAUACGGGACCAUCUGUGCCGGACCCUCGGAGUGUACGAGCCGCGCUACAUCGAAACGGUGCUGAACGAGUUCUACGACGAGCUGGUGGCGUUUUUCGACGACGAAAUCAACGACCACCGGGACGACGAAAAGCGGAUCUUCUUCGCCUACCGGACGUUCUACGACAAACUGGUGGAGGAAGCGGUCGUGGCGAUGGAACCGAUCGCUCCGCCGCCGGCUGCCGAACCGGAGCAAGGCCAGAAGGAGAAGAAGGGAAAGAAGACGAAAGCAGCCAAAAAAGGCAAAGAUGCAAAAGAGGAUGAACCACCACCGGAUGGGAAAACGGAUCAGGAUGCCACUGGAGAUACCCUCGAGGCAACACGUUCUGGCCUUGCCGAGGAUGCGGAUGAUGCUGGAAAGAAGAAGACCAAACCAAAGAGAACGAAGAAAGGAGAUGCCGACCAUGGUCCGGAGACUGCCAUGGGAGCCGGGGCUUCCGGCGAUAAUGAGCUCGUUGAAGUUACUAAAAUCGUUUCAACCUCAAUAAAGACGCCAAUUGUGCACGUUUGCUUCGGAUUCAUACCGGAAGACAAGCUGGAUCCCAAUCUGCGGUAUGUGUAUGUCAUCAGGCGCUUCAGUACUCCGAUCGGUAACGGGUCGUUGCAAGGGAGGGCUUCCCAACAACGUAACAUGGGAAAGCGACGGCUGGCAACGUUCCCCCUCUUGCUCGAACGGGAAGUGAACGGUCAAUGGGAAAUCGUCUUCUUGCUGCAUCACAGCGUACGGGAAGGACGACUCAUCAAACUUGACGUCUCGAGCAAUCGUAAGCUUUCGAUCCAUCGCGGUAGCCGUUCGGAGCGUACCCAACCAUGA